AUGCUACUCCCGUUUACUCGCAAGUGGAUCUUGACCGAGAGGCGUGCGGGAGGCGGUGGCGGCAGCAGCGGCAGCAGCGGCAGUAGCGGUGGGGGCGGUGGUGGGCGAGGGGGUGGUAGCAGUGGUGGGAGCAGCGGUGGUAGCAGCGGUGGGUCAAAGGGCGGAAGUAGCGGGGGCAGCAGCGGAGGCGGUAGCGCUCCGAAAUCCCCUAGCAGCGGGGGUAGCUCCGGUAGUGGCGGUAGCUCGGGUCUUCGUGGUGGCUCCACCCUCCGCGGCGGCGGCGGGUCAAGCACCAACGGUCGACCCCUCACCUCCAGCGGACAGUCGAGCAGGGCUCGCGGCGGCGGUAUCCUUGGUCGUCCCUCCACCACCUACUAUCGCUCGGGCACGAACCGGCCCAUCAUCCCCACCUACUUCCUCCUCUUUGGCUUCUGGCCCAUCAUUUGGAUCUACGACUAUCCAGAUGGCGGUCUCCCCACCAACAACACUCGUCCCGGCGGCGACCUCAUCUCCGCCGCUGUCCAAUCCCCUGAUAAAGCCGCCAACGUCACCUACAUCCUCUACGGGGACACCCAGAGCGUCCAGGAGAUCAUCCCUGCCAUCAUCGAGGGAUGCUCCGCGGCCAACACCACCUCCUCGGCGUACAAUAGCACUGCCAACGACACCAUGCAGUACUACCGCGAGGACUCCUUUGCGCUCCUCGGCGUCGGGCUCAACGCUACCGGACGCAACACUACCUUUGAGUCGUGCCUCAAUGACACCAUCUCCAACUCCCUUCCGGUCCUUGAACCUGCUACUAGCUCGGUGAGGCCAAGCUCUACGCCGUACAUGUACUCGGCGGGCCAGCAGGCGGUGGGUCCUAUCGGCGCAGGAUGGGGUUUGGUGGUACUAUUAAGCAUGCUGAUCAUGGGGAUAUAG